UGACACUUAAUUUUUAUAGUUACCUCGGGCGAUUGCUCUCACAGCUCUCUCCUGCAGUUCACUUUUGAAUUUCUUAUGACCAAAACAUUGGAAAAGUUUCUCCGUUACGUUAUCCAUGACGCUGGUGACUAUUUACAGGUUUUCUAACAAUAUAAUUAAACUACAUUAAUUUUAUCGUUAAAAUGAGUAAGCGGAAAGCUCCUUCAAGCUGUAAUAAUUUAAAUGCAGAUUUUUGCGAAUUUUUGUCCGAGCUAGCAGAAUACGAGAAAAAUGUGAGUCGAAAUAUACAUAAAUACAACGCUUAUAGAAAAGCGGCUAGCGUUCUAGCAACGCAUGAAAAAAGAAUCCAAUCUGGGGACGAAGCAAAAAAAUUAAACGGCAUUGGGGAAAAAAUUGCGCAGAAAAUUGAUGAAUUUUUACAUACAGGAAAAUUGAGAAAGCUCGAAAAUAUACACAAUGAUGAAAAUGCUCAAGCUAUAAGUUUACUUACCCGAAUCUCUGGUAUAGGUCCUGUCAAAGCUUCAGAACUAGUUAGAAGUGGAAUUAAAACGAUAGAAGAUUUACAAAAACAACAGGACAAAUUGACACAUCAUCAACUGAUUGGUCUAAAAUUCUUUGAAGAUUUUGAAAAGAAGAUACCACGUACUGAAAUUGAAGAGUUUGAAAUCAAAAUAAAAAAUAUUAUUUCUAUUUUGGAUCCAGAUUUUACAAUAACAAUAUGCGGAAGCUAUAGACGAGGUAAAUUAGAGAGUGGUGAUAUAGAUGCUCUGAUAACACAUCCAUCACUUAAUACAACACAAAACUCAAAGAAACAGGGUGAAAUUCUACUUAAUAAAGUUACUGACGCUUUACAAGGACUUAUAAUCGAUACAAUUUCAAAAGGAGAUACAAAAUUUAUGGGUGUGUGCAGAUUGUCUGCUCAAUAUCCAGCAAGACGUUUAGAUAUAAGGCUGAUUCCACAUGAGCAAUAUUUUUGUGCAGUACUCUACUUUACUGGAAGCGACGUUUUUAACAAACAAAUGCGCGCCCAUGCUUUAGAAAAGGGAUUUACGCUAAAUGAAUAUUCUCUGAGACCUAUUGGAAGCACUGGCGUACCGGGCGAGAGCGUUCCUAUUACAUCGGAAGAAGAUAUCUUUGAUUAUAUUGAUUAUCCAUACAAAAAACCAGAAGACCGAAACAUGUAAAUGAAAUAUAAAACGCAUUUUUUCAAUCAAGUAUUCCAUUUAUUAUUUAAAAAAUAUACCUUUUAUUUUUAUCACAAAUUUCGAUUUAUAAUUUAUUUAUUAUCUGUUCUAAUAACAAUAUCUAUUAAUUACUUUUAUACUGAACACGUAUCAUUUUCGAUGUAGAAAUAAUGAAUUUUGAUUAAAAUCUUUUAAACGCAAGUGAUAAGUACAUUUGGAAAAAUGUAAAAAUCAUACAACUACUCUUUCGUAGAUUAGAUGCAUUUAAGAGCGGUAUUCCAUUUGCGACAGAAAACAACGUGAUUUCGUUUUUUCCCAAGAGUAAUAUCGUAAUGAUUUUGGUAGAUUGUUAUUCAGAUUAUUACGAUUAUGGAAAGAUGAAGUCUCGAUCUA